AGAGCAUCCCAGAGCAAUAACCAUGGACACCUAUGUGGAAAUGAACACCAAGGGGAGGAUGCCGAUCCUGGGGCUGGGGACCUGGCAGGCACCCCCUGGAAAAGUGGAAGAAGUCAUUAAGCUUGCCAUCGACCUCGGGUACCGCCAUUUUGACUGUGCAUACCUGUACAGGAAUGAAAACGAAAUCGGCAAUGCCAUUCAGCAGAAAAUCAAAGAAGGUGUUGUGAAACGGGAAGACCUCUUCGUUGUCAGUAAGUUGUGGUGCACAUUCCAUGAAAAAUCCCAGGUGAAGGGAGCGUGCCAGAAGACCCUUGCAGCGCUCAAGCUGGAUUACCUGGAUCUCUACAUCAUUCACUUUCCCAUGGGCUUCAAGGCUGGAGAUGAUCUGUAUCCUCUAGAUGAACACGGCAAGGUUAUCCCCAGUAACACGGAUUUUCGAGACACCUGGGAGGGAAUGGAAGACCUGGUGGAUGCAGGCCUGGCAAAAGCAGUUGGGAUCUCUAACUUUAACUGUGAGCAGAUAGAAAGGAUCUUGAACAAGCCUGGGUUAAGGUACAUCCCUGCAAAUAACCAGAUUGAAUGUCACCCAUACCUUACCCAGGAAACUCUGAUUAAUUUCUGCCUUUCCAAAGGGAUCACUGUGUGCGCACACAGCCCCUUCGGCUCACCUGGAAACCCAGUGAGCACCCUUGGGAAAACAGGCUAUACUUCUCUGCUUGAGGAUCCUACAGUGAAGAAGAUUGCAGACAAGUACAACAAAACAUCUGCUCAGGUUCUGCUCCGAUUCCACAUUGAGAGAAAUGUACCUGUGAUUCCAAAGACAGAGAAACCACACCGCCUCAAGGAGAACCUUCAGGUGUUCGACUUCAAACUGAGUGAUCAGGACAUGAAAACACUGCUAUCUUUGAACAAAAACGAGAGAGUCUAUUCAAUGCCCGCAACGGGUUCUAUCAAGCGCACUUUGAAUGAUGUCAAGUGGAUAUCCUCUUCUGCAAAAAUUGGCCGCCAACGAAUUGGCAGCUCUGAAGAAGUCUUCAUCUCUGGUGGAAUUUCUUUUGAUGCGCAGGAACUGGCUAAAAGCCCUCAAUAUUGGCAGAAUAGGCAUCAAGUUCUUUUUGAAGACACGUUCAAUACUCAAAUUGAAGCUCUUCAAAAAGAACUUGAUGCCUAUUCUGCCAAUAUUGAGGGCUAUAAACACAAGAAGAUCACGCGUGAUCAGGAGGAUUAUGCUCAGGAUCGGAGCAGCCCGUCCCGCCCCCUUGCCCGCCUGCUUGCCCUUGGCUGGGGAGGAGCCAGGUUGGCACGGAGCCCCGCCGGAGCGAUGGCCGCCUCCGUGAAGCUGAGCAGCCGGGCGCAAAUGCCCCUCUUCGGGCUGGGCACUUGGCAGGCGCCUCCUGAUAAAGUCGGAGAGGCCGUGAAAUGUGCCAUAGACCUUGGAUACCGGCACAUCGACUGUGCCCGCUUUUAUAAGAACGAGGAUGAAAUCGGGAAUGCCAUCCAGCAGAAAAUCAAGGAGGGAGUCGUGAAGCGGGAGGACUUGUUCAUUGUCAGCAAGCUGUGGUGCAAUGACCACGAGAGAUCCCGGGUGAAGAAAGCGUGCCAGACCUCAGUGGCUCUCCUGAAGCUAGACUAUCUGGACCUUUACCUCAUGCACUUUCCCAUGGGAUUCAAGGCUGGAGAGGAUCCCUCUCCCAAGGACGAGAAGGGCAUGAUCAUCCCCAGUAACACAGACUUCCUGGACACUUGGGAGGCCAUGGAAGAGCUGGUGGAUUGUGGGCUGACAAAAGCCAUUGGAAUCUCCAACUUCAACCACGAUCAAAUCGAAAGGCUGUUGGGGAAGCCCGACUUAAAGUACAAGCCUGUGAAUCACCAGAUCGAGUGCCACCCGUAUCUUACCCAAGAGAAGCUGAUCCCCUAUUGCCAGUCCAAAGGGAUCUCUGUGACUGCCUACCGGCCUUUCGGAGCUCAUACUCUCAAGCCAGGGGACCCGAUCCUUCUGGAGGACCCCAAGGUUAAAGAGAUCGCUGAGAGACACAACAAGACCGUAGCUCAGGUUCUGAUCAGGUUUCACAUCCAGAGGAAUGUGGCUGUCAUUCCCAAAUCAGACAAACCACACCGACUGGAGGAGAAUUUCAAGGUGUUUGACUUUGAAUUGACUAAAGAGGAGAUGGACACCCUCUUUGGCUUGAACAAGAACUGGAGAGACUGUAUAAUGGCCCCGUGCAUCAAUCACAAAGACUACCCAUUCAAAGCCGAUUAUUAGGACGGAGCUGGAC